AAAUUCAGUUUCGAUCGAAUUCUUUAACUGGACAACUAUUUAUUCCUAUGCGCGAUGCCAGCGCUGUUUAUCAGACCCUCUUUACGUUUCCCAGGACGCGUUACGGAUCGAUAAAGUGUGUGGUUAGUCGCCAGCGAUGAAAAAAUGAUUCUAUCCAGAGCGAAACCCGCUUCUUCGGACGCAGCAAAGAAAUCUAUCUCAAGGAAGGAUAUACCCAACCUAGAAGAAUUUCUUGAGAAAAGGGAUUACACGGGCGCCUUGACGCUCUUGGAAUUCAAUGGUACUACUGGUACAAGUAUAGAAAUUGAUUAUUGGAUUGGCUAUUGCGCCUUUCACCUGGGUGACUACAAAAGGGCAGCGACGGUCUACGAGGACCUAAAGAAGAAAGGAAAUGGAUCGGAAGAUAUUCCCGUUAAUUUAGCUUGCUGUUACUUUUUCUUGGGAAUGUAUCCAGAAGCUCAUAGUCUCCUGGCACAGGCAGCUGAUAGUCGUUUGAAAACGAGACUGUUGUUUCAUCUCUCUCAUAAAAUGAGCGAUGAGACGAAGCUUAUGGAGUUUCAUCAGAUGCUUGAGGAUGUAAUAGAGGAUCAACUGAGUCUGGCUUCCAUUCAUUACCUUAGAGCUCAUUAUCAGGAAGCCAUUGAUAUAUACAAAAGGGUUUUGCUUGAGAAUAGUAGAACCAGUCAAUCAAGGUAUGACAAGUCUUCCACUACCGAAAUCAAUUCCGAAGUAUACUUUAUUACUGAAUUAAAAAAGUCCAGGGAUUAUCUGGCAUUAAACGUAUACGUUGCUCUUUGCUAUUAUAAACUGGAUUAUUACGACGUGGCGCAAGAAGUUCUGCAAGUUUACCUGCAGAAAUAUCCUGACAGUGCUAUCGCUAUCAAUUUGAAGGCUUGUAACCACUUCCGUUUGUAUAACGGAAAUGCGGCACAGGCAGAAAUGAAGCAGCUUGUUGAGCAAAUAUCGAGCUCCUUCAAUUUCGGUCACGAUUUGAUCAGACACAAUAUUGUAGUAUUCCGAGGUGGCGAAGGCGCUCUGCAGGUUUUACCAAAUUUGGUGGACGUUAUACCGGAAGCAAGGCUAAAUUUAGUUAUUUAUUAUUUGAAACAGAAUGAAAUCCACGAAGCUUAUGAUUUAAUCAAAGAUCUGGAGCCAGCUGUUCCUCAAGAAUAUAUUUUAAAGGGUGUUGUGAAUGCUGUGAUGGGUCAGGAAACAGGCUCUCGUGAGCACGUAAAGACGGCCCAACAAUACUUUCAAUUGGUCGGCUCUUCUGCAUCAGAAUGCGACACCAUACCGGGGAGACAGUGUAUGGCGUCUUGUUUCUUUUUGUACCGUCAAUUUGAAGAAGUCCUCGUUUACUUGAACUCGAUAAAAACUUACUUCUCAAACGACGACAGCUUCAACUUCAAUUACGCCCAGGCACAAACAGCAGCUGGUUACUUUAAAGAAGCUGAAGAAGCAUUUCUAAUUAUGAGAAACGAACGUCACAGAAAUGAUUACAUCUACAUCAGUCUAUUGGCAUAUUGCUAUAUCAUAAACAAGAAGCCUCAGCUAGCUUGGGAAUUGUAUCUCAAGAUGGAUACUUCUACAGAAUCUUUUAGUCUGCUACAACUAAUUGCCAAUACUUGUUAUAAGGUUGGUGAAUUUUGGUAUGCUGCCAAAGCUUUUGACAUGCUCGAAAGGAUGGAUCCUAGUCCAGAGCACUGGGAAGGAAAACGUGGUGCCUGUUGUGGUACUUUUCAGUACAUAGUGGCAGAGAAGCAGCCAAAGGAACUGCUAACAGAAAUAAUUCAGCUACUGCGAAACACGACGAACUCGCAGGUCGAGCAAAUUAUACGUGUUAUGCGUAAAUGGGGCAAGGACAAUAGAGUGAGUUGUUAGAAACUCUAAUAAGAAUAUUUUUCUACCAUUCAAUCUAUUCCGUCCAAUGCUGAGCAGAUUUAGUCAUCGAGCUGAUUUCAAUGUCAAUUGACAAUUAAAUGAGUAUUUAGUACAAAAACUUU